AUGAUUUACGACAAACUACAGUCGGAAAAUCUUGAGCUUGUCACUUUCCUUGAUGACACCGUGCUUGCUGCUUCGUGGUCGUGCUCACUGAUCUUUGAUAAAAAGUACCUGUAAAUUGGGAAAGAUGAACCUUGGUUUGAUUCUACGCAUGUUGCCUGUUCUCUUCCUGGGAAACUUUGCGUCAUGCAGAAGAGUUCAAGAAGACAACAGCAGCCAGUAUCCAACGAUGUCCACUGAAAUUGGCAAUCAAAUAUCAAAUACUGAAAUCCCAGUUACGGACAAACCAUGUCUGAGAAAUCAAAAGCGUAUAAGAUCCUUCAUAUUUCCUCCCAAAUUUCGUCCUUUUGUCCCAAUAUGCGACUCGGAUGGAUUUUACAUUCCACUGCAAUGCCACCAGGGCAGCCGUUACUGCUGGUGCGUGGACAAGCAUGGUAAUAUGAAACCUGGUACUAGAACCAGGGGAAGGAUUGAUUGUGGAAUGAAAGAAUUAAAUAAGCCCUGCGAAGCACAUCGCUUACGGGCUCUUAAACACCAAGCAAACGGUCAUCCCUUUGUGUUUAUGCCAAAAUGUGGUGCAGAUGGUCAUUACGCGCCAAUGCAGUGUACUGCAAAGAACAGAUAUUGCUGGUGUGUUCAUAAAGAUGGAAAUAAGAAAAAGGGAACCCGUACGAAGGGUCUUACGGACUGUUCAAGAAAGAAAGAACAAGACGAAUCAACGGAGUUUAAUAGUAAAGACGCAUUUUCAGCCAAUGGUGCGGCAAAUGGUCCUUGCGCUCGGCAAAAGCAGCGAAGAAGGAGUUUAAUUAAAUUUGCAAAAGGAAAAAUUUUUGAUCCAAAUUGUGCUGAUGAUGGAUAUUAUUCAAAAAAGCAAUGCCACUCUGGUUAUUGUUGGUGUUCUGAUCGUAACGGAAAUCGUAUUGCUGGAUCAAAAAAGAAAGGAGACGCAGAUUGUGAAUCCCAUUCGUCUUCUGGUCCAACAAGACCUCCAAGUAAUCGCUGUCACAUCGCACGUCGUAAAGCAUUAACUUUACCUCUGAACACGAAACAGUUCGUACCGUUGUGCUCAUCCGAUGGUUCGUACGCCCCAUUACAAUGCGACACCUAUCAGGGAUACUGUUGGUGUUCAGAUAAGUGGGGAAAGGAAGUAGAUAAUACAAGAACCAGAAGGACCCCAAAAUGUCUAACAAAUGGUUUCACAGAGCAUAAGAAGAAACCUUGCUAUGACCUGAAGAAGUACAUGAGACAAUUACCAGCCAUUGCUAGUGUAAAUAUUCCAGUGUGUAAACGCAGUGGCGUCUUCAAACCAUUACAGUGCAGCAGAGAUAAGAAAUAUUGUUGGUGUGUCGAACAGGAUGGCACCGAAAUUAGUGGGACACUUAAGUUUGGCAAGCCAGUGUGUCCUGAGAGAGUAAUGAACAUGACAUACGUUAAAGCAAUGAAGGGUCCUUGCAUACGACAUAAGGAGAAAAGAAAGAAGCUGUAUCAUGUUCUGCGACGUAAUUUGUUUGACCCACGAUGCAAUAAAGAAGGUUUUUAUGAUGUUAAACAAUGUCAUGGAAAAUAUUGUUGGUGCACUGAUACAAAUGGUAAGAUGGUGAGAGGAACAAGAACAAAAGGAGAAGUUAAUUGCAGGAAAGAUUCCAAACCCUUCGUCAAACCAUGUCUUGUAAGCCGUCUAAAAGCAUUGAGAAUAUCAUUAAGUAGGAAACCGUAUGUUCCUCAGUGUGAAUCGGAUGGGAGCUACACACCACUCCAGUGCAAUGCUUAUACAGGUCUUUGCUGGUGUGCAAAUAAACACGGGAAGGUGAUCCCUAGAACCAAAAGUAAACGAACACCAAAUUGCUUUGCUAAUGCCUUUAACACAAUUCAAGAUGGACCAUGUCAUAUUCUGAAGACCUAUAUCUCUAAACUGCCAUCCGACAACAAAGUCAGUGUUCCAAAUUGUGAAAAAAAUGGUUUCUUCCAGCCCGUACAGUGUAGCAAAACUAAUGGUUUUUGUUGGUGUGUAAUGCAAGAUGGAACAGAGGUACAAGGAUCGAUAAGGAUUGGUAAACCAGUUUGUCGGGAGAAACCAUUUCCGGCAGUUCCGCGGCUUCAUGGUCCAUGCGAUGAGCAUUACGCACAUGUAAGCAACAUGCGGUCUGGUGAACGUAAGGACGUGUAUUUACCAGUGUGUGAUAACGAAGGCUAUUAUGCUCCACAUCAGUGCAAUAAUGAUACUACCUGGUGUUGGUGUGUAGAUAAAUAUGGAUCAACAAUUGAAGGAACACGAAUGCAAGGGAAAAUUCCUAUUUGUGACGAAAAUAUUUUAAAGCCAUGUGUUGCUUUCAAAAAGAAAGGAAACAAAGCCAUCAACUCAGAUGUGAAUGCUGUCUAUGAUGCAGUCUGCACUAACGAAGGGCAUUUCGCACCACUUCAGUGUAAUAAGAAUAGCGGUUACUGUUGGUGCGUGGACGAAAUGGGACGUGCAUUGGCGGGAACAACUAUUUAUCAGCGACCAUAUUGUGGGAGAGAGCGAAGAGAAUGUGAGAUUGAAAGGAGAAAACUUCUCUCAGAAGAUCAGCCAGCUAGUGUUCCGCCAUCUUGUGAUUUUCACGGGUAUUAUUCCCGUAUGCAAUGUGAUCCUUCCACCCAAGAGUGUUGGUGUUCAGAUAGAUACGGAAAAGAAACUAAUGGAACAAGAAUAAAUGGAAUAGCUAAUUGCGGCCAUUUACCAAGACCAUGUGACGAACAUCUAUCAUCAGUUCUGAACUAUGACAAUCUAUUUGGCGUCUUUAUUCCUCGGUGUGAUUCUCAAGGAUAUUAUAACAAAAUUCAAUGCCACGAGAAAAGUAACGUUUGUUGGUGUUCAAACAAGCUUGGAGUUGAAAUUCCAGGGACAAAAAGAAGAGGGCAACCAAAUUGCAUUGUUUAAAUAGAAAUUAUAUAGUGAUUUUGUAGCUGUAGUUUGCUGUCUAAAUGAUCUGUCUGACAGGGACUUGAUAUUUGUCAUUUGCAGGGUCUGUCUGCCAGGGAUGUGAUAUUUGCUGGACUGAUAUUUACCAAAAAAGCCAGAACACUCUAUAAAAAGACAAAUCUUCUUGAUUGCUCAAAGAGCUAUUAUUACGCCAGUGCAUUUAUUGUUGUAUAUUCUGAGGAGUGCAUAUAAAAGCAUUAAAAGCUUCGAUAACCACCUUAUUUCGUGAAACAUCACUGAAAAAUAAAAAC